AUCUCUUCUUUUUAGUUCUUCUCUUUGGCGGAAACCCUAUCUCUAGUCUCCUUCUUCGAUCUCUCUCCUUUUUCCUCUCUCUAUUCCUCUUUCUAGGGUUUUUUUCCUUUGUUCUAACUAAAUAAUAUUUAAAAAAAUGUCAAGUGCUUUAGAGAUGUCGCUAGACGACCUCAUCAAGCGCAACCGUAAAUCCGGAUCCGGAAAUUCCCGCGGCCGGGGCCGUGGAUCCGGACCGGGACCCGCUCGCCGCUUUCCUAAUCGAGGAGCUAACCGCUCAGCACCGUAUACCACAGCUAAGGCGCCGGAGACGACUUGGCAGCACGAUAUGUAUUCGGAUAAGGGAGCGGCGUUCCAAGGUCAAGCAGGUCGAGCCACCGCAAUAGAAACCGGAACGAAGCUAUACAUCUCUAAUUUAGAUUAUGGUGUUUCCAACGACGACAUCAAGGAGUUAUUUUCUGAGGUUGGUGACCUGAAACGAUUUGCGGUCCAUUAUGACAGGAGCGGUAGAUCGAAGGGAACAGCAGAAGUUGUCUUCUCUCGGCGAACAGAUGCUAUGGCUGCGGUCAAGAGAUACAACAACGUUCAGCUUGAUGGGAAGCCGAUGAAAAUCGAGAUCGUGGGAACAAACGUUGCUACCCCUGCUGCACCUUCAGCUCCUAAUGGUGCCUUUGCAAGUUCAAAUGGAGCCCCUAGAGGUGGCCAAGGCAGGGGUGGAGGAUUUGGUAGGCAACGUGGUGGUACUGGUGGUCGUGGCUUUGGAAGAGGCCGUGGACGGGGGAAGGGCCGUGGAGAAAAGGUUUCUGCAGAAGAUCUUGAUGCUGAUCUAGAGAAGUAUCAUUCUGAAGCAAUGCAGACAAAUUGAAGCAUUUCACAUGUUCUAUUGGUUGGUUUUAAGUCUUUUCUACUGUGGACAUUAUGUGCUUGAUCCUCGACUAUUUUGUGUAUCUCUACCAAAAUCAUACUCUUUAGAGGAACUAGUCAUCAAGAGAACUAUUACUAUCUUGAUUUAUGGAGUUUGGGCUUUUACUGUUGAUUGUUCCUUUGACUUGGGUAUAAAGAAUGUGGGUUAGUGGAAA